AUGCGGCCAGCACGCAACGAGACUUCGGCGGUGGGCCCUGCGGCCGGGAUGCAUCGCUGGAAUUCGCCGAUUCCUUACCUGUUCGGCGGCCUGGCUGUGAUGAUGGGACUCAUAACCCUAGCAUUGCUGAUUCUGGCUUGUUCUUGUUGCGGGGAAUCUUCUAGAGAAGGCGAUGGGAGUAACCGUGGCCAUCGCGAUCAGAAGCCGGCGGCCUCGCCGGCGAGCGUGAUGCAGCUGGAAAUGGAGCCUAAGUUCGUGGUUAUCAUGGCCGGAGAUCAUAACCCCACCUGCCUCGCUAAGCCUUCUGCUCGCCGCAGGGAGGAGGUUUGA